GGAAAGAUGGCACGCUUGUGAGAAACAUGUAAAUAGUAAAGAAUGGCAUCUUUGGAGGAAGAUUUCCCCCGUGGCGGUGCAGAGAAGAAGACCUCUGGGCCCAAACAUGUUAAGACACAUGACGUGGACAAUCUUUUUGAAUCACGUGAAACACUGGUUAAGAAGAAGAAGAAGAAGGACGUGGAACAUGAUGAAGAGAAAACCCGUAAAAAACAGAAAGUGGAUGAAGAGAAUUUAAAACUUAAUACUGCCACUUCUGUGGAAAUUCUUCAUCUUCGGAAUCUGAAGAUUGGCACUCUGAUGCUGGGUUGUGUGAAGGAAGUGUCAGAGUUUGAGGUGGUAGUUGGUCUCCCAAGCGGUCUCGUUGGUUACCUGCCGAUCUACAACAUCUGUGACUCCUACACCAAGAUUCUCAAUAACAGACUGGACUCUGAAGACAGUUCAGAGGAAGUCGUCCCUCUCUCGCAACUACUUACUCCAGGAAUGCUGGUCAGAUGUGUUGUGUCGUCUUUAGACUCCGCUAAGGAGGGUCAUGUUAGUCUUAAAGUGUCAGUCAACCCAAAAGAUGUUAACAAGGUUUUGAGUUCAGGCACUUUGAAACCUGGAAUGACUCUGAGUGGUUGUGUGGAGAGUGUGGAAGAUCACGGAUACCUGGUUGACAUCGGAGUCAUUGGCACUAAAGCUUUCCUGCCCAAAAAGAGCAUUGCCUCAAAACAAGAUCUGAAUGUGGGUCAGUACGUGUCGAUCCUGAUCGAGGAAGUCAAGAACGAUGGACGUGUGGUGCGUCUGUGCCAGAAUCCCCAGGUUCUCGCAAAGGCCUGUGCUAUGGCUCAGCAUGGAUGGACUCUAGACACCCUCCUGCCUGGACUUCUGAUCCGCGCAUGCGUGAAGAGGGUUACUCCUCACGGGCUUAUCGUGACGUAUCUUUCAUCUUUCACCGGAGUUGUUGAUUUUCUUCACCUUGAUGAGGACAAGGCAUCGACCUACAGCCAAGGACAGGAGGUCCUGGCACGGGUUUUGCAUGUGGAGCCGUCCACACGGCAUGUGAGCCUGUCCCUGCGCAGUCAUCUCCUGCCACCAGGGGGCGCUGUGCUGGAUGUGUUCUGCAGCGAGCGGAUGGGUGAGGUGGUGCAGGGCUGCAAGAUUACUGAUCUGCACUAUCACUCAGGAGCCGUGAUUAAGAUGCCCGACGGUACCACAGCCUUUGUGCAUAAAAACCUCACGAAGGAGCCAAAAGAAGAGUUCAACCCAAACCGCUUGCUGUCCCAGUCUGAACACUCUCUGAGAAUCAUAGAUUACAGUCCUAUGGAGCAAAUUCACCUGGUCACACUGCGCAGGAGCACUAUUGAAAUGACCUUCUUCAGAUAUCAAGACAUCAAAGUGGGACAAAUUGUUGAGGGUAAAGUUGCGGAUUUGCAGGAACAUGGCGUUUUCGUGAGGAUAACGGACCACAUCAGAGGAAUGAUACCCAGAAUUCACCUUGCCGAUGUCGUCCUAAAGAACCCAGAGAAGAUGUUUUAUGAGGGCUUGAAAGUCAAGUGCAGGGUAUUAUCAAUGGAUGUUCAGAAAAAGAGGUUGAUCCUGACCAGGAAAAAGGCCCUUGUUGAGUCCCAACUCCCGAUCUUCCAGUCCUACUCUGAUGCCAGGGUGGGCCGCAUCUCUCACGGCGUCAUCGUGUUUGUGAAGCAGUUUGGCUGUAUUGUCCGGUUCUAUGGAGAUGUGAAGGGUCUGGUUCCUGUGGGGGAGCUGUCCGCCGAGUGUGUGGAAAAUCCAGAAGGCCUCUUCUUCAUCGGCCAGGUGGUUCAGGCCAAAGUCUUGAGGUGUGACCCGGAAAAUAAGAAGCUAUGUUUAUCCUUCAAGGCCGUUACUGAGGGAGAUAUAAAGGUGGAGCAGACUGAGAAAUUUGACUUUGUGAUUGGAAAGCCAGUCAAUGUAAGAGUUUGCCGCAAAGUCCUGGAUGGUCUGGAAGUCUCCAUUGUUCCUGAAGAGGCUCCGGCUUUCAUACCCAUAGUGCAUCUCUCUGAUCAUGUGACCAACUGCCUUCCCCUGUGGAUGGCGUUGGAGGAGGGUGACACCAUCUCUAAUAUAAUGUGUCUCAGCAAGAACAAGAAGAAGGGAAUUACUCUCACCAAGAAACCCCUACUGAAGGCCUGUCUGGAGGACGGCAACAUCCCGCAGAGGUUCUCCGAGCUCCAGGUGGGGAUGCAGAUGCUGGGCUGGGUGAAGAACAUCAUGCCUUAUGGAGUCUUCGUCGAUUUCCCGCACGGACUCUUCGGCCUCGCUCCUAAAGAUGCUAUGGGUGACCAGUUCAUCACAAACACAUCAGGCGUCUUUGAGAUCGGCCGGUCGGUUGUUGCCCUAGUGACCCAUCUGGACGAAGAAAAGCAAAGGUUUUUGGUCAGCCUGAAGGUGUCAGAAUUGAGUCUCUUGGAGCAAGGUGCCCACGCCAGACUGGUCCAGGGUCUGAAGGAAAGGAAGUCCAUCUUUGAGAUGGUUUCUGGCAGAGGGGAGUCUGACGUCCUACAACAGCUCUCUGCUGUGUCGCUCGGAGAUAAAAUCAAGGUGACGGUGGGAGAUACCAGAGAGGACGGCUCGGUCACACUGACCUCGGAUCGGCUCAGUGAAGCCACUGUGUUGGCCUCGAAGUCCCACACAGAAGGCGUGAAUGUGACUCCGGGCUGCAAAUUCAGCGCAGUGAUUCUCCAUGUUGACCCUUUAAAGUCUGAGGUCCACGUGUCGCUGCUUCCUAAGUUGAUCACGAACAAGAAGAAGUUGACAAAGGACUCCACGUUCACUGCAACAAUCCAGUACACCGAUAAAGACUUUGCUGUCGUCUCAUUGGGUGACACUGGUCACCUGACCAUCAUUCCCCUUAAGACUCACUUAAAUAACAUCUUGGAUUCAAAGAAGUUUUCAGUUGGUUCCCAUCUGAAUGUGACCGUGGAGGACCCGAGCAGCGAGGAAUUAGGAGGACUUCCUCUUGUAGCGUUCCAGCACCCUGAUACCAAACACAAGCAGCCUAAAUCCAAGAGCAAACGUCCAUCCCGUGAGCUCAUUCUUGGGGAAGUGAUGACGGUCACAGUAAAGAAGUUGAAGCCCAUGAACGUGCUGGUGACGCUGCCGUCGGGGACCACAGGAAGUAUCCAUGUGUCUCAGAUAGAGGAGUCUCCUGCGGUCGGCAGCUUCCCAACAUCAUCCCUGAAGGUCGGGACCGAGGUCGAAGCCAGAGUGAUUGGAGGGCACACAAUUCGUGGUCACAAUUUCCUGGCAAUCUCUCACCCCGACUAUGGUGUUUCCAUACCUGAACUCAGUCUUCUGCCCAGAACACUGAAAGCUGGUGACAAGCAGUCAGUUGAGACAAACUUCACACCUGGAGAUGAAGUCUUGUGCUUCCCGUCAACGUACAACGAAGGAAAAAAAAUGUUGGAAGUUGAUGUGAAGCCCAACCUCACUGGAACCGUUGAGCUGUUAGCCAUGAUUAAAAAACCUGGGCAAGCUAAUCAACCAAAGAAGCUGUUUAAACCAGGACAGACCGUUUCUGCUAAGGUUGUUGGUGUUAGUUUCAACAAGACUCAACUACGACUUUCUCUGUCACUCACAGGGAUGUACAAGCUGGAGCAAGGGUUGGUCACUAUGGCGACGGUUCGGAAAGUUGAGCCUCACCAGGGAUUGUCGCUUCAUCUCCCAUUUGAGAAUUGGGGUUUUGCUUCGGUAACGGAUCUCUCCGAUGCAUAUGCAGACAACCCACUGGAGCCCUACAAACAGGGCCAACUAGUCCGGUGCUAUAUUACUGAGGAGGUUAAAGAGAGGAACUUCAGCGUUUCAUUACGCCCCUCCAGAUUGCAUAAGGACCAGCAAGAUAUUACAGACCCAGACAUUGAGUCAAUUUCCGAUAUAAAAGAGGGCCAGAUUAUCCGAGGAUAUGUGACGUCUAUUAACGAUAAAGGCAUAUUUGUGAGGUUAUCAAGGGCCAUCACUGGAAGAGUUCAGUUCCAACACGCUACAAAAUACUUCAUGAACGACCCAAAAUCUGUUUCCGAAUACAUUACCCUGAAUGCACUGGUGACGGCCAAGGUUCUCAGUGUGAACGCAGAGAACAGCCACGUGAACCUGUCGCUCCUGUCGGGGGACACUGGGAAACCAGAUCUUCUUCCAAAAUCUCUUGAUCUAAAAAUACGUCUGACAGGAGAGAAGAAAGUGAAAUAUGACGAAAAAACUGCCAAGAGGAAACGAGCUCUUUCUGAGAGCCAACAACAAGACGAUGAGACAGUUGGACAGAAGAUAAAAAGGAAAAAAGAUGAAGAAUGCCCAGUGAAGGGAGAACGCACAGAAGAGAAGAAACCCGUAAAAGAGAAGAAGAAGAAGAAAAAGAAAACAAAAACCGAGGACAGUGACAGUGGUGUAGAUGUGUUUUUCAGAGAGAAGGAAGAAACUACAUUGGAUAAAAAGUGUGGCCAAGUAAAGGGUAAGCAUGAGGAAACAGAACCAAAACGGCUGCAGGUGACAUUUGGCUUUCCAUGGGAAUCAACGCUGGGAUCUUUAACACCUUUCGCCGCAGUAGACGACACCCUUGAAUCCAGUGAGGAUGAGCAGGAAGUCACGAGCAAGCCUGUGAAAAAGUCCCGUAAAGAGUUAAAGCAGGAGCAGCAGAAUUCGGAGCAGCGGCUCAGCAAGCUGGAGACGGAGCUCAUGGACACGUCUGUACGACCCGACAGCUACACGGCGUUUGAGCGUCUGCUCCUGUCGUCUCCGGACAGCUCCCUCCUCUGGCUGCAGUACAUGGCUUUCCAUCUGCAGGCCACGGAGAUCGAGCAGGCGCGCGCAGUCGCAGAGAGAGCCCUCAAAACCAUCUCCUUCAGAGAGGAACAGGAAAAGCUGAACGUGUGGGUGGCCAUGCUGAAUCUGGAGAACAUGUACGGGACACCAGACAGUUUGCAGAAAAUCUUUGAACGGGCCAUCCAAUACUGUGAACCUCUUCCUGUGUACCAGCAGCUUGCCGACGUUUAUGCCAAGUCGGACAAGAUCAAAGAGGCUGAGAGUCUUUAUAAAAACAUGGUGAAACGCUUCAGACAGGAGAAAUCUGUAUAUCUGAGUUACGGCACCUUCCUGCUACGCCAGCGUCAGAGCGACGCUACAAAUGCCCUCCUUCAGAAGGCGCUGCAGAGCCUGUCCAAUAAAGAUCACGUGGACCUGAUUGCCAAAUUUGCCCGGUUGGAGUUUCAGUAUGGGAAUACUGAGAGAGGCAAAUCCAUGUUUGACAAGGUCCUGAGUACCUACCCCAAACGCACAGACCUGUGGUCCGUCUUCAUAGAUCUGAUGGUGAAGCACGGCUCUCAGAGGGAAGUGAGGGAGCUUUUUGACCGUGUGAUUCACCUAAGCGUGUCGGUGAAGAAGAUCAAGUUCUUCUUCAAGCGCUACCUGGAGUACGAGAAGACAAACGGCACACCUGAGAGCAUCCAGGCGGUCAAACGGAAAGCGGUGGAAUACGUGGAGUCGAAAGGAGCCGAAGCCGCCAGCUAGAACCAUCAAUUUUACAUCAGGAUUAAGAUGAAACGAAUAUCUGAGGACAAAGAAUCUUUUCUCCCACCCAUUUUUUUCCCCUUGUACACCUAUUAACAUAUUUCUGGAGGUGCAUUUGUGUGCGUUUCCUAAACUUGCAUCUCCUGUCAUAUGAAUGUCUAUAGCCAGUUUUUCCCUCUUUGAUGAAA